AUGGACGCUAGUGAUAAUGCACAAUCGGCGAUCAAUCGACCUUUUGCAAUCAAAAAGUGGAAUGCUUUGGCAUUAUGGUCGUGGGAUGUUGACUGUGAUACUUGUGCUAUUUGUCGAGUACUUCUUACUGAUGCAUGUCUAAGAUGUCAAGCAGAUAAUAAGCAAGAUGUAUGUGUUGUUGUGUGGGGUGAAUGUAAUCAUUCGUUUCACAAUUGUUGUAUGGCACUAUGGAUAAAGCAAAAUAAUCGCUGUCCUCUAUGUCAACAGGAUUGGCAAGUACAACGAACUGGUCACUGA